AGAGAACAGCAUCACAGCAGCGAACCACUGUGAAUCCCCGUUAUGCAGCAGAACCGCUGAUCCAGCCAGAGGCACCAUGGUUGCGGUGGUAAGGCCAGAGUUCUUGCUGCUGUUGCUGUGCUGUUGGGAUUUGAUUGGAGCCAAAGAGGGAAAAUCCACCAAGAAAGGAAAAAAGGGCAAACAAGUCGUCUGUCCAUCCCAGCUAUCCCCAGAAGAUUUGGCCCAGGUUCCUGCUAACUCCACCUCCAACAUCUUGAACCGUCUGAUGGUCAGUUAUGACCCAAGAAUAAGGCCUAACUUCAAAGGUAUCCCAGUAGAAUCCAAGGUCAACAUAUUCAUUAACAGCUUUGGAUCCAUCCAGGAGACCACUAUGGACUACAGGGUGAAUAUAUUUCUUCGUCAGAGGUGGAAUGACCCCCGUCUUCGUCUUCCCACUGAUUUUAAGAGUGACGCUCUGACUGUUGAUCCAAAAAUGUUUCAGUGUUUGUGGAAACCAGAUCUUUUCUUUGCUAAUGAGAAAAAUGCCAACUUCCAUGAUGUCACGCAGGACAAUAUUCUGUUGUUCAUCUUCAGGAAUGGAGACGUCUUGAUCAGUAUGAGGUUGUCUGUGACACUGUCUUGUCCCCUGGAUCUCACGCUUUUCCCCAUGGACACACAGCUCUGUAAGAUGCAACUGGAGAGCUUUGGUUAUACCACCAGUGAUCUAGUGUUCAUGUGGCAGUCUGACCCAGUUCAGAUGGAUGAAAUUGCUCUGCCUCAGUUUGACAUUAAACAAGAAGAUAUUAAAUAUGGAAACUGCACCAAGUACUACCAAGGGACAGGAUACUAUACCUGUGUUGAGGUUAUUUUUACAUUGCGUCGGCAGGUUGGUUUCUAUAUGAUGGGAGUUUAUGCUCCAACUCUGUUAAUCGUCGUUCUAUCCUGGUUAUCAUUCUGGAUAAACCCGGAUGCCUCAGCCGCCAGGGUACCACUGGGUAUUUUAUCAGUGCUCUCACUGUCCAGUGAGAGUAUGUCCUUGGCCUCAGAGCUUCCUAAGGUUUCCUAUGUAAAAGCUAUUGAUAUCUGGCUAAUAGCCUGUCUUCUAUUUGGAUUUUCAUCCCUGGUGGAGUACGCAGUGGUGCAGGUCAUGUUGAACAGUCCAAAGCUGAUUGAGGAGGAGAAAGCCAAAAUGGCCACCAAGGAGAAAGCUCUGAGAGAAAAAGAGGGAAAGAAGACCCCAAAUAAAACUAAUAAUACUGUGAAUGGCACUGGUGGGACACCAAUACAUGUCAGCAGUCUGCAGGUGGUAGAAACUCGCUGUAAGAAAGUUUGUACCUCCAAGUCAGACCUUCGCUCCAAUGACUUCAGUAUUGUGGGAUCUUUACCUCGGGACUUUGAACUCUCCAACUUUGACUGUUACGGUAAACCAAUUGAAGUGACGGGGGCCCUCAAGUCCCAGAGCAAAGCCAACAAGAAACCCCCACCACCCAAACCUGUCAUACCUGCUGCUGCCAAACGCAUUGACCUCUAUGCAAGAGCCCUCUUCCCUUUCUCCUUCCUCUUCUUCAAUGUAGUCUACUGGUCUGUAUACCUGUGAAAGAUAGAUGGGGGGUUAAGUACAGUAGCUUACAAGAGAGGAGAGGACAUCAGAAGAGAAUGAAGUACUUAAGUCCUCCAAUUUUAUUUGUUACCAUGCCACGGCUCUGUCAGUGCUGAGAACAUUAAAACUAAGCUGAACUGAAAUAAGAAACACUAAAUGUAAAUAUUAAAAUAUAUUCUGAUGACAUAUUUACAUCAUCUUGACAUUGCAAAACCAUGUGUGUCUCUCUCUGACAGGCCAGGAUUGCACCUCCACUCUUAAGUCCAGCUGGUCUUCAGACCUUGCCUUGUAGACAUUGUAACUAAUGAAACUAAACCUGCUUGUUGCUGCUGCUGCACCAAUAUCCUUACAUUGUACAUUAUAAAUCUAUGCUCUUUAUUGAAUGAACAAGCCAUUGAGUCAGGGUUAGCAUAGGCUAACCUUAGCCGUGCCAGCAAAUUGACUGAAUUGACUGCUAUAUCUUAUGGUCUCAUUAGAGCUCUCAUUAGAUUCUAUUCAGAACAGUCAAGCUAACUACUAGAGCUUGAAUGUUUACACUACAAUACAAUUAUUCCACUGCUGUAAAGUGGUGAAUAAGAUUUUUACCAAUACACAAGUAUUUAUUGGUCUAUGUGAGUGUAAUACAGCCACAGUGUUUGGUUCCUUAACUCCUUCCCUCUUCUGAGAAUGAGAGCUUCACAGGGAGUGUACCACUCCAAAAUUAACAAAGUAAAUACAGAUUGGAAAACACUAUCAUUUGGAGAGGUGACAAAGAUGAAAAAUUUGGAAGGAUGCAUAACAACCCGCAUAUGUUUUGGUUUUACUUUUAGCGCUCUUUUCAGCCCUGUUGAUGGUGGCUAUAUUACGACAGAAAAUAGUUCCACCAACUUAGAAACCAGAGGGAAACAAAAAUAGGUUGUUAUGCAACCUUCAAAAUGAUUUUUCAACUUUAUGUUACCACUUAAACUUAUGUUGUUUUCUGGCCUAUAUUUGCUUCAUUCAUUUUAGAACAGCACACUCCUGGUGAAGCUCUUGUUCUUGCGAGAGGAAAGGAGUUAAUGGACCAUUUUAAGAACCUCAGCCAGUCAGUUGCUAUAUAUGCUGUAUCUUAAAAUACAUUACUGUGCUUUGAAAUAAACUUAAGGUCGACUAAAAUGUACCUAGCUAUUCUUGGUGACUUCAAGCCAGCUCUGUACAGCACAGACAAGUCUUAUUAUUUUCCACAGAAACAGACAUGAUAUUUCACUUGUAGAUCCAAUCUGUAAACAUGAAGGAAGCAAUUACAUGAAAACAGCCAUGAGAAGAUCCUAGUAAAGCUUUCAUUUUUUUAUAUGCUAACUGAGCCUUUGAUCAUGCUUUCUACUGCAUUAUCAUUCAGUACUUUUAGACAAAACAAUUUAAUUGAAUAUACUAAGUUGCAAGAGUUUAGAGUUGGUUAACUACACUCUAAGUACAGCAUGUGUUAAAUUAGUAUGUUUAAUUAGGACCUGAAAUUAUUUUAUUUCAUUAUUGUUGGGGAGCAAAGGCAGAUUUAAUUUUUCAUUUUGUUUUACAAUGAUUAUAGACAAUAGUGCAAUAUGUUCAUAGUUUCAUUUGUAUUUCAACUAUUUAGUUGUACAAUACCUCUUUAUUAUUAUCAUUAUUGUUUUGUAUGUAAUUAAAGCUCCCCAUUUGUGUACUGUGAACUGUUUGCCCUGAGAGUUAGAUUUUUAUAUGGUUAUUGACUGUUCAAAUGUUUGAAAAUUAGUUCUUUCUUGUAGUUGUGAUUGCUAAUUUCUGGAUUAAUAGGUUAUGUAUUGGCUUUUUUUUUUUUUUUUUUGUCCCUGUCUUUUCCUGUUUUUGUUUUCCAAGGAAACAAUGAGCACGAGUGAAGCAGUUCCCCCCUACUUGACCUAAUGACACACUGUAAAAUCAGAACAAUUUGGAAAUGGUAAAUAUGGUUACUUAAUGUGGGAACACAAACAGACCAUCAGAUUCAUAAUAUAAUAGCUACCUUUUGUUUAUGUGCUGUUCUUCUGCUCUCUGCUGAGCCUUUAUACUAC